AGCGUCUCCUGGAAACCACUCGUCGAUGGUCGUAUUCUCGCGAGAGUCCGCCUGGCCUCAAUAGCCGUGUAACUGUAUCAUAGUUCACAUUGUUGCAGUCGAUGUUGAACACUGCAUGAUUUAAUAACUGCUGCACACACCAACCUUGACAUUUAUACUGAGACGCUUCCUUGUAGCAGUCCGGCAAACUAUUAUUGCGACCUGUUAAACCUGAUCCAGCGCUCUGAACUAAGGUAUCGAUUUUUUUUAUGCGUUUAAGCUUUUCCUACACUUCUCAAUCUUGUAUUUUAUUCUCUAACACUUUAACUAACAACAGAGUCUUACAGCUGAUAUGCGUGACUCGAAAUUGAGUGGGUCUUGAAAAUGAAUCGCCAUUGACUCAGAAAAGGCAUGGACGUGCUUUGAUAGACGCUUUCUUGUUAUGAAAGCUUCUUGCCUUACCAAAUUAUCUUGUCACAAGACAAAUUAAAAAAGUUAACUACAGAACAACUGUAAUUUUGAGAGGGAAACAAGCAUGUAACAGUUAUUGAUAACAUUUAAAGGCAAAUAAACGAGCUCAUUUGCCAUUUGAUGUCGAGAACCCGGACCAUAUGGCCAUAAAGUUUGUUUUAAUUUAAAACAAAUUAAAUAAAAAAACUUAAAUGGGCUUGUUACAUAAGGACUGAAGAGUUUACUGGCCUAUCAGCCCUGAUGGACAAUUCUGUAAUGUUUUAGUGCAUAAAGGUCCUAUAUUGUUUUAUCAUUUAAUUUGGGAACACUUUCAUAUCCAUGAUUGUGGGAUGUUUCCAUUCGUUGAGCUGAUGUUGUCAGUGUGAAUUGUUAAAUGGAAAAUGCAAAUGAUGAAUCAGAAGAGUUGUGCAAGACAUAACAGCUCCUCCAGAUUUCAAGUGAACUUCGGACGGUGGGAGGGGACAGCUCAUUUUACUUUUAUGUAAUCAUAUUUUUUUUCCUUUUGCAUUUCUGUGUAAACCUCUGUUCACAUUCGUCCUACACCAGUCUCCGUUUAAACCAAACGGUGUACCUGAUCUUGCUUCUUACUGCUUACGGUGUUUUUGUUUCCUUGUCCCAGAGAAAAUGGCCUUGUUUGGCUGGGUGUGUUUGGUGACAGGUGCCUCCAGAGGUAUUGGCAGAGGAAUAGCCCUCCAGCUGUCAGAGGCUGGAGCUACCGUCUACAUCACAGGGCGGCAGGAGAGCACCCUGAAACAGACUGCUGCAGAGGUGAGAUUUCAGAUUUGCUGUCUAAAAGGCUUGAACUGAAAUGCAACCUGGCUGAAAAACAAAAGUAAUGUCAAGUUAGCCGACUCUUCAGUAGAGUUCAAGUUAUGAUUCAACUUACCUUCAAUUCAUGCAAGACUGAAACAAUAAUGUUAUGUGGUUACCUCAGUGUUUCAGUCAGCUUUGUUUGUAAGGUCAACAUCUGGUGUGUUUGUUCUUAAAACAGGUAAAAGAGAGAGGUGGAAACUGUGUGCCUGUUAUCUGUGACUCUACGAAGGACAAGGACAUUGAAAACCUGUUUGAACAGAUCAAACUUGAACAGAACGGCCGGCUGGAUAUCCUGGUUAACAAUGCCUACGCUGGGGUGCAGGUAGGAUUACUGAACUGCUUUGAACAACAUCGUAUACCACAAAACUGUAAGAGUAGAACUUUUGAGGGAACAGUGAGGCAAAUUUCCGCCUUCUGGAUUUGCAUACUGAGAAUUUGUCGAAGCCAGUGGUAUGUACUCUGAUGUCUUUACUGUCAUGUCAACUCUGCAAGGGUAUGAGACUACAUUAGUGAGAAACAAGUCUGAGAGUUAGAGUUUUAAAAAUACAUUUCCAGUAAGUUUUUAGUUAUAUCAUGCUGGAGUUAAUAAUUAUAUUUUUACUUCAUUAAUUAAAAGAAAUUCCAAAGGCUAGAAGAUGAUCUGCAUUCUGCAAGAUAUAUCCCACCCUGCCAACAUCAUGUUUGACCUACUGCCCUCAGGGUAAUCAGGGUAAUUAAAGCUUGCACUAACAAGCUCACUAACUGUUUUUGACCUCAAGCCAAUACCACACUGGACACUGAACAUAAAUCACAAUAGAUAUCUUAGUGAGAAAACAGAAUUUGUUUGAAAAAGAGCUAAAUUUACUACUUUUUAUCAAAGUGGAAUAACUCCUUGAUGGACCAAAGGGCCAAUGGUGGUGGACGGCUCCUCUCUCUUCACUACAGGACAGAAAGAUUCAGAAGAUCUUUUGUACCGACAGGCAUCAGGCUUUAUAACUCUUGUGUAAAUAAUAGAUAAUUUUUAGAGGCAUAUUAUGUGAGACAACAGACAACUGAAUUUUCCUUCAGGGAUUAAUGAAGUUCUUCUUAUCUUAUUCCUUUUUAUCUAAUUCUCUGUUUAUAGAUAUGUGGGUAUUGCAUACGCAUGUUUCGAUCUUGUGUGUUCAGUGUGGUGUGCGUGCUUUUAAAUUUGAUGUGACUUCAGAAAAUUUGAUCUCAAGCAUAUUCUAACUAACUGAUACAUAUUCAUUAAAAAGUUUACUUUUCAGUUUGGCAGUAGUAAAAUCGGAAGCAUCAUGUUAGUUUUCAAAUCAAUAGUUGGUAAGUCAGCUCACAAAGCAGGCUUUGAAGUCCACCAGGAGUCCACUAAAGGUCCCUUGAGGAUUAAUUGAAUUGAGGGUCAAAUAACCUGUGAACAUACCUGCCAAGUUAAACUACUGAAGUCUUGAUAUUUUGGUUCUGCCAAUAUGUUGUAUACACGCACACACACCCAUGCACCACACACCCUGUUUUACCUAAACUCUGAACAUGAUGGGUCAUUCCAGGCUAUCUUUGACAAUAUGGGGAAGAAGUUCUGGGAGGUAGACCCGACCAUCUGGGAUUCAAUCAACAAUACAGGCCUCAGGUAUGCUUUGUGCUUAGUCAUGUUAACAAAGUAAUUGUCAGCAAACCUUUGAAUCAUCUACUGGUGUCUGGUGACAUAUAUCCUGCUAUUAUUUAUUACUCAGUUGUUUUUGUCCAGUUUGUUUAUGAGUUAGACAGGAAUUUUCCUCAGAGUAACUUUUCCAGAAAGUGCACUCAAGGGCGUUGUCAAAGUAGUACAGUCACUGCAAAUUAAGCAGAAUAGAUUUACAGUUGAUCAGAGAUAUUUAAAAACUACAGGAUGUGACUAAUCCCGUUUUUUGUCUAGGGGCCACUAUUUCUUCUCAGUUCAUGCAUCCAGGCUGAUGGUGGCUCAAGGUCAGGGUUUGAUUGUCACCAUUUCAUCCUUUGGUGGGCUUUAUUAUCUCUUCAAUGUGCCGUAUGGUGUUGGCAAAGCGGCUGUAAGUUCUUUUCUCAUUAGAAUCAUUUCAUCAACGACCAUAUCUCAUUCAUCCCAAGUGUGUGUGCUGUGCACAUAGGUCAGUGAGAUGAAAGCCUGUUUUGUUGUGUGCUUUGUUUCCAGUGUGACAGGCUGGCAGCAGACAUGGCUGUUGAGCUGAAACGCAGAGGAGUGGCAUCCGUCAGCCUGUGGCCUGGAGCAGUACAGACAGAGUUGGUAUCAGAGUUGGUACUGAAGAAAGAAGCUCCAGAGGGUGUCAAUCCAAAGGUAGACUUCAUUUAAUAGCCAGUCUGUAUUCAUGGUAACUCUUUUUAUUUUUUUCUUUCUUUUGAACUUACUUGAUGGAUUUUUUCCUCCACAGUUCAAGGAUGUGUUUGCUGAUGGAGAAACCACAGAAGUGAGCGGAAAGUGUAUCGUGAACUUGGCACAAGGUAGGAUGUUAUUGUAUAUGCCAAAUUUAGAAGAUGGGUAUUUUUGUCUGACAUGAUGAUCAAGGAGGGAAACUCAAAUGUUGGAUCAGACUUAUACUGCUGUGUUCAAGGCUCCCAAAAGGUAUAAAUGAAGGGGAUUAAAAAAAUGAUUUACCUCUUGCUGCUUCUUGAUUGAUCAGCAGUUAAAAAUCAGUAGAUAGUGUCGCUCCAGAGGAAAACUGUUAAGACUGUUAAGAUUACCAACAUAUCUGUAAACCAGCCAGUUACCGCAAGACAGUUGCUGAUCCAAGCUCAUAUAUUUCAAUUCAUAUAGAGCUCUCCUUCUCAGAGUUUUGCAGAUGACACAACUCAGAAUCAGAAUAUUUUCAUUUUCAUUGAAGCUCUGAGAUUUAAGAAGAGAAUAAGAACCAAACAACAAAUUGCUGAUACCACCUCUAAAACACAACCCAGAUUCCCAUGAAGAAGGGACAUUGUGUAAAACAUGAAAACAGAAUACAAUGAUUUACAAAUCCUUUCCCACCCAUUUUAAUGUGUCUUGGCAUUGUCUUGCUGAAAUGUUCGUAUAGUGAUAAACCUUGCCCCGUCCUUGCUUUUGAACAACUGAACCUUCUUCUGCGGGGUUGGUCGCGGGGGCAGCAGCCUUAGCUAGGAAGCCCAGACUUCCCUCUCCUCAGCCACUUCAUCCAGCUCUUCUCUGGUAACUCCGAGGUGUUCCCAAGCCAGCUGAGAGACAUGACUUUAGUUUGAACAUUAAAUAUCUUGACUUUGUUAUGUAUUCAAUUCAAUAUAGGUGGUAAAGGAUUUGCAAAUCAUUUUAUUGUGUUUUAAUUCAUGUGUUACACAAUGCCUCAUCUUCAUGGGAAUUGGAGUUGUAAAUGACUCAUAACUUUUAACAUAUUCUAUCAUCACUCAUGCUCUUGGUUUAAGCAAGGUUUUGCAAUCAAUCACUUAGAAUUGCUCUCAUCAGCUGUGCUGCUGUUGCCUGGGCUGAAGGACAGGAGCUUGCUCCAUUUUUCCUGAUCAGGGAUGGUUGGAGCCCAGUACCUUCUUAGGCUGCUCUUACAACUACGUCCAGUAGCUGUAAUUAUUGUCUAACUCUGAAGACCAGCCUGAGAUCAAAACUAAUGUUUUUUUUUGCCUCGGAAGCAACAGCUAGUGGCUUGACUUUCUUCCAGACUAACUUGGUAUUGCCUACCUUGUGAUCAGUUAGUCUCUGGCAUCAUUUAUGCUGUUGAGAAUUAACUGCUAUUGUUACAAGAUUUUGACCAAGCAGGAUCAAGUAUUUUGCACUGCCUGGUCAUAUAUUUUUUUCAGCAUUCAACCAACUCUUGGCCAAGAUGUCACUCUGAUGACAUGACACAACAUAAAAGGCCUAAAUUCUUAGCCAACAGUUGUGCUCCCCAUCACGUCAAAUCAAUCUGCAGAAGCGAGUCCCUCACAUUCAUUAGACUUACGAUUUUACCUCUUCCUGUGGCCAAAGUGAGAAAAACGUUUCUUUUCAACAGCCUCAGGAAGUGACGUAGAGGAAAUUCUUAAUAUUACUCUAAAUUUAGUUGGAGACUAUUAAACCCUUGGUUCAUGGUCAACUGCUGACCAGUUACAGAUAGAAAAGAAGAUGAAGAAGAGAGGCUGCGAGGACAGCAAAGGGUAUGAGCCACACAAGGCGCCACGGGAAAGACAGAUAUUCAAAACAUUUUAGAAAACAGAGACAAAGCAAAAAAAUUUUAAUGUGACCUGCAGAUCAGCUGAUAAGAACACUGUUGCUCUGAAAGCAGUCAAAUCUGGGGGGCUUGUUAAAUUGCAUAGAUUACUCACUUUGAGAUCUAUCAAAUCAUCUUUAAAUAAAUACUCUGUGUCGAGUUAUUUUCACAUCUAGUUAAUAGUUGUGUAGACUAUGUAAUGGGUGGCUGGUUGGUUGCUGGUUGGUAUGGCCUGAUGCCCCUUGAGGUUUUCACUGAGUAUUUUCAUUUUCAUUUUAGUUACUGCUUAAUUGGGAAACUGUAAAAUGGCACAAAGAUUCUCCACUUGAAGGUAUUCUGCAACCUGUUAUUCAGCAGUACAUCACAACAGCUGUCGAGCUUCCCACUCUGAGUGUGACAAAUAAGAUGGCAUUCACUUUGCCUUUGCUAGAUGGGCUCAACAGUAGAGGACAUUGAUGACGUGGUCAUAUUUGAUUAUUUGAUGUGUGCAUGAUGUUGGUGUGUUGUUCACUUUCAAACUGAGCAAUUGUUUGUUUCCUUUGACACCAAAAGAUAAAAAUCUGAUGUCACUGACUGGGAAAAUACUCAUGACCUGUGACCUGGCAAGGCGCUAUGGGAUAAAAGAUGUUGAUGGUAGGUUUGCUUUACAGUGUCAUUUUUGAUGAUAAAUUUUAACUUAAACAUAAUUCUUACAACUGGUUGAUCUUUUUUUGUUUAUUUCUAGGGCGCAGUGUUGCUGACUACACUUCCAUCAAAUUCCUCCUGUCCCAGGCCCCAUAUCUGUCCUGGCUCUCAGUUGUUGUGCCUUCAUUCAUACGCAUCCCACGCUUCAUGCUCUCACUGGCUUAUAGCCGCUUCUAAACAUUUCCAGUAUCAGGCACUGCAGUGGCAGUAUCUGUGCUUAAAGUAAACACUAAAGACUAAAUGAAUGACAAUGACUAGAAAAUGACAGUAACCAUUCAGACUAACAAUACUUUUGAAGGAGUAUUGUGUCAUUUACCUUGUGCACUAUUUUUUUUACCCUGAGUAUGCUAUGAAGGCCCUUUGAUAAGGUAAAAAGGAUACUCUGCCAAGUUUUCUGUGUUCAACAUGGACAACAAUGCAAGCUGUGAGUGAAGCUGCAUAAUGUGAAAAUGGAAUCUAAUAUCACUACACACUUUACUCUGACAAAUAUCUGAAGAAGAAGUCACAUUUAAGAAAACAUAUGCAUGUUUACUUAUUUUUGCACAUAUUUUUGCAUCUGUUAUUUUUCUAUUACCUGUAAAUAUACUUAACAUUUGACUAAUUCAUAUGACAUUAAGUAGUUAAGUAGUGUUUGUACUAAGUAAUUAAAAUGUUUAGAUAAAGAAAUAUUAACCCUCAUGUGUUUGCACUCCCAAUUUGUUUAUUCAAAAUAAAGUCCAGACAUCUCCAAACUUA